AUGUCUGGAUAUCACGAUCACCGAUUCGUUUCCAGUGGGUCGUACAGCGACCGGUACCGCUCGAUUCGGCGUGGCAAUCGCGAGCCUUUCCACCAUCCCCGCAGACAUCCGCCAUGGGACCAGUCCCGCCGGCCGCCUCGGCUCGACAGGCACGAACCUGCAUAUCAUCGAUCUCCUGGGUACGCAGGUGGCCAAGAUCGCUUCCAAGCAGCUCGAGAACCACCUCAGGAUCAACUUCCGCACACGCCUUCCUUUCAGAUAGGCAGCAACAGUAGCCGUUUGGGGAGCGACAAUUCCUCCCAAUAUUGGACGCCUCAUGCAGUCCAAUACAGUCGCCCAGGCACCACACAUGAAGACGUCCACCCGAGUCGGUCAUACCAGGCCAUGGACCAUGUGAACAGGACUGCACAAAGCGAUUCGAUUACCCCACUCGCCCAGUCUGGUUCGGCCCUCAUGCCCAUCAAGAUUGAAGAUCCCCCCAAGCAAAUCAAGAAGACGGCUACUACAGAUAACGGUGUUCAGCAGCAACAGAAGGACGCCCCGACCAUCAUCUGCAGAUGUGGAGGGACGCGCGCGGAACCUACUGAUCAAGAGCCUGAGACCGUGGUUCAUUACAGCUCGUCCAAACGCACAAAUGUGAACAGGUCUCCGGAGCUUCUGCCGCCAACUGAUGUUUGGUGGCUUCCAAUCAAGCGCAAGAUCCGUUUGCUCGAGAUCUGUUUGAGGAUGGAGUCGGCUUACUUCAAGUCCACGGACAGCGAGAUAGAACCCGACGACGCGUUCUGGACCAAAGUUAUGAGCCGAUUCAAUAAUGACAACGAGGGCAAACGGUUCUCCUGCUGGGAGUUUGCUCGGGCUUACAUCCUCGAUCUCUGCAAGGACCGACAGAAGGACAUACGCCAGAACAACUUGCCAGCCCCGAGCGGUGAUGUCGAUCGCUUGGCUCGUAUCAUGGAUAAGUGGGCACGUCUAAUGAUACGCCGGGAGGCACAUCGCACCCUGGAAAUGGCUAAAGAAAACUUCUGGAUGGCAUUUGGCGGGAUGCUACAGGGAUCGCUUGUCGACGUGGGAGGCGUGGACGCAAGGGAGGCCCGUGAGAUAAGCGUGAAGGUCAAGACCCUGAUGUACAAGGAGAUUCUGGACGAGAGGGAAAGGAUUGAGAAUCAGUUUCAGAGCAGAGCCAGUCGAAGAGAGUAG